AGAGAGAGAGAGAGAGAAGAGGAGGUGGAGAGAGAGGAGGUGCAUAAGCCGGUGGAGGUGGAAAUAUGCAGCAACUCUGAACAAUCUCUCAAAGUGCGGGGACAGACGGGAGCUAAUAUAAACAGGCUGCCCUUCACUCGGGGCUAUCAGGGGGUAAGGAAUCAGUUACCUCUGUCACUGACCCCCGGCGCUUCAAAGAGGCAGCUCCGGCCCAUGUAGAGCGGCCAGCGGUCAUGGCCACGCUGGAGGGCUGUCGCUGUCGGAGUGCCAGCGCCCGAAACAACAGCAGCAUUCUCUACAGCAUUCUGAAGAGCGAUAGCCUUGUGACCGCCGAGGAGCCACAACAACACCAACAGCAGCAUUCCCAACAUCAAACCCUGCAGCAUCUACUCCUCAAGGGCUCCUCCUCCUCCUGCUCUUCCUCUUCCUCCUCCGGGCCGGGCUCGCUGCAGGAGCUCCGGCAGCAGGCAUGCUCCUGCGGAUCGACACGUCGCCGGGGCGUAUUGCGCUCCCCGCAGGUGACGUGCAAAGCCGCGUCGGCUGUGCUGGUGAAGACGCUGCGCUUUGUGAAAAACGUCCCCUGCUUCCGCGAGUUGCCGGAGGACGACCAGCUGAUGCUGAUCCGGAGCGGCUGGGCCCCGCUGCUGGUGCUGGGGCUUGCGCAGGACCGGGUGGACUUUGAGACGACCGAGACCGUGGAGCCCAGCAUGCUGCAGCGCAUCCUCACAGGUGUGCCGGACCGGCAGAGCGAGAUCCUGGCCGGUCAGACCAGGGUGGCAGUCGGGGUGUCCGUGGUGGACAUCGAGGCGAUCAAAGCCUUCCUGAAGAAGUGCUGGAGUGUGGACAUCAGCACGAAGGAGUACGCGUAUCUCAAGGGAGCUGUGCUCUUUAAUCCAGAUCUGGAAGGUCUGCGCUGCCUCCACUACAUCCAGGCGCUGCGCCGCGAGGCGCACCAGGCUCUCAACGAGCACGUCCGGCUGAUCCACCGCGACGACUCGAUGCGCUUUGCCAAGCUGCUCAUCGCCCUGUCCAUGCUGCGGGCCAUCAGCCCGCUGGUGGUCGCCCAGCUCUUCUUCAGACCCGUAAUCGGGACGGUGAACAUCGAGGAGGUUCUCAUGGAGAUGUUCUACGGAAAGUAGGUCACAGAGCAAGGAUGAAUCCAGACCCCCCACCCCCCAAAAAAGAGAUGCCCUGAACUCGUAUUGUGCGGUUGGUGAAGCAGAUAUGGACUGGUAACAAUGCAUAACAACUGAAGGACUGUGAGAACUGACUUGUGUCAAGCAAGAAAGCGUGUGUGCGUGUGUCGGCGUGUGUUUGUGUGCCUGUGAGAAUGAUAGCAACAGAGAAUGUUGAUGCGGAGAGAUGUCAUUACAAAGGAAACUUAAAGCAGCUGCUGGAAUUCAUAACUUAUUUGUUUUUAUAUAUGAAAAAAACUAUUUUUCUAAAAUAAUAAUAAAAAAACAUUACCACAUUA